AUGCCCCCCGUAGCCUCCUCAACGGGUCUCACAAUCACGAACCCACUGGUCAAGUACCGAGCCCUGCUUGCAACAAACAGAAUCCGGCCAGACCCCGCACAGCAUCGUCUCGCCCUCCAACUACAGAAGCUUUACUACCGCCUUAAGGACUACCACCCGCAGUUAGAAUAUCGCCAUCGGCUCGAUCAAAUCAGCCGCACUGUCGACGCUGCUUCCGAGACACAAUCACAACAUGAUGCCGAGCAGGGGCAUGUGCCUUACCAAAGGAUCCCUUUCUCAUCCUUAUGGAGGGACGGAUCCGGUGAUCCAAUACUGGCACUAACUCGCACCGUUCCGAUCCAACAUUCUGCUCUAUCCAUCAAUUCUCCCAAAGGCAUGCUCCUCUAUGGCGAAGUUGGUCGUGGGAAAUCAAUGCUACUUGACCUCUUCGCGGAUUCUCUUCCUAGCCGCAAGAAGAAGCGUUGGCACUUUAACACCUUCAUGCUUGAAACCUUCCGUCGCCUGGAGCAGUUGCGGAUGCAGCGUUCCAGCCUCCCCAUUCAAUUACGAGGCCUGGAGCAGGAGCAUAGCGUGCUGGCAUUGGCCAAGGACACUAUCAUUACAAGUCCGAUCUUGUUCCUUGACGAGUUUCAGUUGCCGGAUCGGGUAACGAGUAAGAUUUUGAACUCCUUCCUAACAAGUUUCUUUCAUCUAGGAGGCGUGCUGAUUGCGACGAGUAAUCGCAUGCCGGAUGAGUUAGCCAAGGCAGCAGGAGUGGAGUAUGCUCCACAACCGAGUGGACUUGGAUCUGUGUUUGGAUGGUCUAGAAAACGCACCGAGGCCGAGCGAGCAGCAUCUACGGAUUUUGGUGCUUUCUUGGAUGUGCUGAAGGCUAGAUGUGAGAUCUGGGAAAUGGAGGGAGAUCGGGAUUGGAGGAGGGAUGAUAUGGUGCCCGACCUGAGCGAAAAAAAGCUGUAUGAUGCUGUUGGCAUGGAGAAUGUUGCUCAAACUGGCCCAACAGCCACUACCGUGGCGAUUACACAAGUGGACAGAUCGGACAAAGAUAAUAGAUCAAACAAGCAGCCUCGGCACUACCGUCUCAUCCCUUCUACGUUCCCGAAUGACCAAGAAACCGCAGUCUCAGAAGCCGAAUGGAGCAACAAAAUUGCAUCUUUGCUCGCGGAAUCACACCCCACUGCAACGUCACCGACCUGGUCUCCAUCGUACCUCUCAGUCUACGGCCGAAAAGUCCCCGUUCCGGCUUCGUCACCCACCGGUUACACCCUCUGGAACUUCGCCGACCUCUGUGGCACAUAUCUUGGACCAGCAGAUUACAUCUCCCUCGCCUCCACCUACCACACCCUCAUUCUCGACAGUGUCCCAAUCCUAACUCUCAUGCACAAGAACGAAGCCCGCCGCUUCAUCACCCUGUUAGAUGCACUCUACGAAUCCAAAUGUCGCCUCCUAAUGCGCGCCGAAGCUCCACCUGAUGCGCUUUUCUUCCCUGAGACACAAAACCCAGCCCGCAUUGUAGAAGAUGCAACAGGCGACGGAGUUUACCAAGAAACUCUGGCAGAAAUUUACCAAGAUCAGACAUCUCCGUUUCGACCUAACAUAUCUUCUUAUAGAGAGGACAGCUCCACUGGUCUGACGCAAUCUCUCCUGAACCCGAAGUUGAGAUCCGUGCUCGCAGACGAAGAUGCCGAUUUCGGCCCUGUCUACGGUAACGGGAGAGGUCAUGGCGCUUCGACCGGAUUGGAGGAGAUGGAGAAAAGGCAACGAAGGGAUGAAGGAAGAGCAGGGCCGGACUUCACACAGACGGCUACAUUGACCGGAGAAGAUGAGAGAUUCGCGUACAAGCGGGCUCGGAGUCGGAUCUGGGAGAUGUGCGGGGAGAGGUGGUGGAGCGAGAGGCCCGCAGAUCAAGUCGGAGAAUGGUGGAGGCCCGUUGCUCUGGAGAGCAGGUUCUGGGAGAGUCAGUUACCCGCAACAACGGCGAAAGAGAGGGUCUCGGAAGAGACCGUGAUGGUGGACGGUUCGCAUGAUGGGAGGCAGAGGAGAGCUGAUCAGCACAUAGGAGGAGGCCCGGACGAGGACGGCUUGUUCAGGCAUGGUGCCAGUCCGUACCGGACGAGGACAGAUCCGCCGCCGAAAUUCGGAUGGCAGCAUGCUUGGGGUAUGGUGACUUGGGGUAGGAAGGCUGGAGAGUGGGGUAAGGGUGUUGAAGGGAGGAGAGAGAAGGCUGGGAAGGGUGAGAAGUGA